AUGGGAAUCAAACUCCCCACCUUGCCCCUCAAUAGUUAUAAACCUAACACCUCUUUCCCAGCUGAAUUGAGCUUCAUUGGAUACUGGUCUCCAAACUACCACCGUCACAUGGAUGAGAAUCAUUCGAAUGGUGUAACCAACGAAGACAUGGCUAUCAAUCUACUACAAACCCAACUGGAACUGUCUCUUAUACGGGAGGACUUCCAAGACGAGUUGCCUGAGCUCCGUCGGAUAGUUAAUCGAGACUUGGAUGCCAUGAACCGUGAGGUUGAUGACGUUCGUGCUAGUCAGUUGGAUAUCUCAAAUGUCGUUGCUGAUCUUAAAAAUCAUUUCGUUUCUCUGCAAUGA